AUGCAGCGGCAACAUUCCAGCGGGGCACGUGGGGGCGAGCAGGACAUGCGUUCCCGUAGCGGCGGCGGUGGCGGCGUGAAGCUCAGCAAGCAGGAUGAAAAGCUGCUGGACGAGCGUAUCAACGCCAACACGCUGGUCUACCCCAAACACUCCUUAGUGGCAGUCGCGUUCAUGGCGGCGUUCCAGCCAGUGUACCUGUCGCAUGCGGUGAAUGGGCUCGAUUGGUCACUGCCGACCAACUUCUGCCUCUACGUUGUCGUGAUGCUCUUCACUGCGUACAUGCUGGCGCAGGCGUACAUCGUCAUGGUGGAGAGCGAAUUCUGGCGCCGCCAGCGGCACUACAACGAGGUGCGGGAGAGCGAUGAGAAGCAGCUGCACAAGUUACGACUGCAGGUGGCGGUGGGGUACAGUCUCUUCUUCCUCAACAGCUUUUUCUCUGUUGUCUGUACGACGCUGCACAUUUACAUCUUCCGUCACUCGGACCCACGUGCGAGUUUCAUUCUGUCGCCGACCAUGACGGCUGCGCUGCUGUGGCUCAUUGCGCAGAAGAAUGAGGAAAGCCGUCGCCGCCGUAUGGCGCAGCACAAAUAA